CCAUUCACUCGACGGCUGAUUGUGUCAAUUCAAACAUUAGCAGUGUCUCAAGUGCGUCAGUGCGGUGUAGUCUUCAGUGCAGCAGAAACCCAAACGCCAUGGCCGACCGUAAGAUAACGCCCAUGUUCAACGACUACGUGUACGAGGCGAUCCGCCGGAUCGCGGUCGAGCAGGGCUUUACGCCGGAUCUGUUUUCGGUCGACUUUGACGAGGAGACGCGCCUGGAGUGCGACGGGUACGUGAGCUUCGUCUUCAAGGCCAUCAUCAACGGGGACGAUCGGGAGUUUACGCUGUGGUGCAAGGUGCCGCCGAACGGUGACGAACGUUCGCUCGAGCUGUUCAAGCGCGAGUGCUUCUUCUACCGUGAAACGCUGCACGGGUUCUACGAGUUCCAGGCGGAGAAGGGUCUGGCGGAGGAGUCGGGCGACGGGUUCUAUGCGACGCCCAAGUGCUAUCUGGCACACUGCAACACGGAUGCGCCGGAGCCGGAAGCACUGAUCAUGCUGGAGUACAACGAAGCGUUCGAGAAGUGGGACUGGGACAAGCUGGAACCGAUCAACGUGGAGCAUACGCGGCUGGUGAUGGAGCAGCUGGGCCGUCUGCAUGCGCUCUCGUUUGCGAUGAAGGAGCAGCGGCCGGAGCUGUUCGAGCAGUACAAGCGGGCCGGACAGCCGGACUCGGCGUUGAUCACGCUGAUGAAGGAAUCGUUCGAUCGGGCGUUGAUCACGAUGAGGACGCGCUUCGAGUCGGAACAGGAGCGUAUCGUCGCCGUGAAGGAUGCAGUGUUUGAGAGUUUGAAGAAGUGUUGCGAUCCGGCCACCGCCGAACCGUACUGUGUCGUCACGCACGGUGACUGCUGGAUCAACAAUAUCAUCUACUCGCAUAACGAGAACAACGUGGCAACGGGGGUUAUCUUGACGGACUGGCAAUCGUCCCGGUACGCUUCGCCCAUCCUCGACCUGUGCUACUUCUUCUUCAUCUCGGCCGGGGAACAGUUCCGGCGCGACAAUAUGGACAGCCUGCUGCACCACUACCACGGUGCGCUGGCGGACUUUCUGGCCAAACUUGGUGGAGAUGCGGCGCGUCAGUUCCCGCUCACCACUCUGCUGAGGCUGAUGAAGCCGUACCGUGAUCUGCUCGGGAGCUAGUCGCAUGCGUUUCCCGCGCAUCGCGCACAGUGUCUGUGACACGCGUUGUUUGCAACUGUGACCGCAUCCGGAAGUGAUCUCGGAUCACUUUGGUCGAUCUGAUGCGUGAUGCGCGGGAUUCCAUCGUUAGGAAACAGUACGGUUCGAUGGUGUGCUGCUGGCGUGAAGCACUUUACAUGGUCUCUACGUGCGAGACAUACCCCCAAACGGGGGUAUAUCUCUGAGGGGUUGAAUGCCCAUAAAUAAAGAUCCAGAGAUAAGAUA